UUUUGGCCGGCCCGGUUUAGGCUUGCAUAGGUUCACUUUAAUACGAGCGGACGCAAGUGCAUCUCCGACGAUCGCACUUCGGUAGAGCACGAGAAGAGGGGAGCGGCGAAGGCAAAGGGGCGGUGAUUGUUCAAGAAUGGGGAAGAAGACGAAGAAGCCCGGCAAGGGGAAGGAGAAGACGGAGCGGAAGACGGCCAAGGCCGAGGAGAAGAAGGUGCGCAGGGAGAGCAAGAAGAACGUCUCCCAGGAGGACGACAUCGACGCCAUCCUCAAAAACAUACAGAAGGAGGAGGCGAAGAAGAAGGAAGUCCACGUCGAGGAGAACGUCCCCGCCCCUUCUCCCCGGUCCGGUUGUUCGCUGAUCAUUAAUCCAUUGAAAGACACCGAGUUGAUUUUGUAUGGGGGAGAGUUUUACAAUGGCAACAAGACUUUUGUUUAUGGUGAUCUUUAUCGAUAUGAUGUAGAAAAAAAUGAAUGGAAGUUGAUAUCAAGUCCCAAUAGUCCACCUCCUCGUAGUGCUCAUCAAGCUGUUGCAUGGAAAGACCAUAUUUAUAUAUUUGGUGGAGAAUUUACGUCUCCAAACCAGGAACGUUUUCAUCAUUAUAAGGACUUUUGGAUGUUGGAUUUGAAGACAAAUCAAUGGGAGCAACUACUUUUAAAAGGAUGUCCGAGUGCCCGCUCAGGCCAUCGCAUGGUGUUGUACAAGCACAAAAUUAUUGUUUUUGGUGGCUUUUAUGACACUCUCAGGGAAGUAAGGUACUACAAUGAUUUGCAUGUUUUUGAUCUGGAUCAGUUCAAGUGGCAAGAAAUAAAACCUCGACCUGGAUGCAUGUGGCCUAGUGCACGUAGUGGAUUUCAGCUUUUUGUUUUUCAAGAUGAAAUAUUCUUAUAUGGUGGCUAUUCUAAAGAAGUUGUAUCUGACAAACAUGGCUCAGAGAAAGGAAUUGUCCAUUCUGACAUAUGGUCACUUGAUCCUCGAACAUGGGAAUGGAACAAGGUUAAGAAGAGUGGGAUGCCUCCUGGGCCUCGUGCUGGUUUUUCCAUGUCUGUUCACAAGAGGAGGGCUGUUCUUUUUGGAGGUGUUGUGGACAUGGAAACUGAAGGUGACCUACUGAUGAGCUUGUUUAUGAAUGAACUAUAUGGCUUCCAACUUGACAGUCACCGAUGGUAUCCUUUGGAACUAAGGAAGGAUAAGUCUACAAAAGAUAAGUUUAAAGGAAGCAGAGGAAAUGAAUUAAGAAAGGAUUUCAAUCUUUCAAAGGAAACACAAGAUGAUCCAGAGAUGUCUGAAGAUUAUGAUGGGAAUGAGAAUAUGGAAAGUUACGAGGAAGCAACUGAUGUGGGAGAUGAUGUUAAUGAAGUUUCUAAUCAGAUGGGAAAAAGUCUCUCCCUUGGGACAGUUACCUCAAAAAGGGUGCCUGAUGUGAAAGUACAAGGACUAGGUGGCAAUUCUGCAUCACAAGCAUGCACUUCGUCAGAGGCAGUAAGGCCUUGCGGACGUAUUAAUUCUUGCAUGGUUGUUGGGAAAGAUACUCUCUACUUGUAUGGUGGAAUGAUGGAAGUUAAAGAUCGUGAGAUUACGCUUGAUGAUCUGUACUCACUCAACCUCAGCAAAUUAGACGAGUGGAAGUGCAUCAUACCGGCAUCAGAAUCAGAGUGGUUAGAAGUAUCUGAUGAUGAUGAUGAAGAUAUUGAUGAUGGCACUGAAGAAAGCAGUAGUGAUGACAGUGAUGAGACAGAUGAUGACGACGACGAUGAAGAUGAUGGCAAUUUGGGUAAUGGGAAUGUUGUUCCAAACGUUGGCUCAAGUCUACCUGCCACAUCCAAUUCGUCCUUAAGUAUGUUCUGGAUAAGUUGCAUUUGUUGGAAGCAGCAUAUCUCCCGGAUUAUACCAUUUAUCUGGUAAAGGAAACUGGUACGAGCAGCAUAUCUUCUGGAUUAUACCAUUUAUCUGGAUAAGUUACAUUUGUUGGAAGCAGCAUAUCUUCUGGGUUAUACCAUUUCUGGUAAAGGAAACUGGUGGGGACAUUAACAAGUAGCUAGGAUGAUGAUGAAUUCAUUUAUAGAGGUUCAAUUUCUGACUAUUGUAUAUGUUCAUCAUUGGAGAACAGAGUUUGGAACAUGGAUGUCAAAAGACAUUUGGGCAUUCACGUAGGCGCUUAGGCAAGCAAGGUGAAACAGUGUCUAGAACCUCAGGCAAUAAGGGACCUUGCAAUCUGUAGUGCCUAGCGCAUUUAAAAAUACUGGUUUGAACAUGAGAUAUCUAUUCUGGUCAAUCUUUGUUUGUAUUUCCUACUAUGGGGGCUUUUGCUCUGUCAUGCUGACACAUAUAUAUAGGACAUAUGGAUUUGCAUGUGUGGGUGUGCUCCUCGCAACCAUGCUGGCAGUCUGCUAGCAGGGUUAAUACUUUGUGGGUUUUUGCUCUGUCAUGCUGACACAUAUAUAUAGGACCUAUGGAUUUGCA